AUAUUUUUCACCAAUUCUAGAAUAAGCUUUGUGGUCCACUCUUCAGUCUUUUUCAAUUCCAAAAAUUUCCUGAGUCUUUUAAUUCGUUUGGUUUCGUGUUUAUUUUUCCAAUUUGAUUUGAUUGAGAAAAGAAGUGGAAGGUGACUCUGAAUUGUUUUGAAGGGAAGAAAGAACUCAGUUGACCAUGUCUCUCAGUAAAGACCUUAUAUUCUUGAUAUUACAGUUCUGCAACGAGGAGAAUCUCACGAAAACUGCUCACAUGUUAGAGCAGGAGACAGGGUUUUUCUUUGACAUGGAACAUUUUGAACAUCUCGUGCUCAGUGGCAAUUGGGAUGAGACUGAGAAUUAUCUUUCAAGUUUCACUGGUGUCAGUGACAACAAAUUUUCUACAAAAAUGUAUUUCGAGAUUAGGAAACAAAAGUACCUCGAGGCACUAGACAGGCAAGAUCGUAAAACUGCUCUAGACAUCCUUCUGAAAGAUCUUAAAGUGUUUGCCCCGUCAAAUGAAGAGCUUUAUAAAGAGAUGGCUCAGCUUCUGACUUUGGAUGACUUCAGAGAAUAUGCUCCGCUUGCUCAGUAUGGAGACAUAAUAUCUGCUAGGAAGCUCAUGAUGAGGGAACUUAAGCUUAUUAUUGAAUCAAACCCCCAGUUUAAGGGAAGACUCCGUUUUCCAGAAUUAAACAAGUCAAGAUUGCGCCGUCUGAUUAAUCAAAGCUUGAACUGGCAGCAUAUGCAUUGUGUGAAUCCUCAGCUUGAACCAGAGAUCGAAACUCUCUUCACAGAUCAUAAGUGUCCAGGACCUGAAUAUCGAUCGGUUACACCUUGUGAGCAAAGGCCAAGGCCUAGCAAAACCUUAUCGGAUGCAGAACCAGCUUUUCCACAACUGUUAACUUCUAAUUCUUCCAUUGUAACUGAUGACAUGGUUUCUGCUACUACUUUGAAGGCUGUUCAGGAUUCUGGUAAUUUAUAUGAUGUAAGCUCUACAAGGAAUAUGAAUGAGAAGGUGUUACCCACAGGUGUUACUUGUCAAAAACAGGCUGUGUCGUCUAGCCUCUCUGAUGACUUUCCCAAGGCAGUCGGACGUGUUUUAAACAUCGGCUCUUCUCCAACCACAAUGGAUUUUCACCCUGUUCAACAGACUCUUCUGCUAGUUGGAAACAGUUUUGGAGGCAUAGAGCUGUGGGACGUUAGUUCUGAGGAAAAGUUGUUUUCAAGAAAAUUUAUGCUCUGGAAAGUGGAAGCUGUUUCAACUGCGUUUCUGGUACAUAUAAAUGAAGAUCCGCUUAUCUCAGUCACUCGAAUCCUAUGGAGUUCUGAUGGCUCUCUCUUUGGGGUUGCAUACUCCAAAAGCAUUGUUCAACUGUAUUCUUAUUAUAGUAGUAACAAUCAUGCUGAAAAACAUCUCGAGAUUGAGGCUCAUUAUGGCAGUGUAAAUGAUCUUGCAUUUUCUAAGCCAAACAACCAACUUUUACUCGUAACCUGUGGUGAGGACAAGUUGAUCCAGGUCUGGAAUACUAUAACUGGUGCUAAACAAUAUACUUUUGAAGGUCAUGGAGCCCCUGUUUACUCUCUUUGUGCUCAUGCGAAGGAAGAUGUUCAUUUCAUAUUUUCAACAUCAACUAAUGCUGAAAUAAAAGCAUGGUUAUUUGACAACUUGGGACCACGGGUUUCUUAUGAGGCUCCUGGUAAUUGUUGCAUGAGAAUGCUUUAUAGUGCUGAUGGUAAAAGGCUUUUUUCGUGCGGGACGAAUAAAGAUAGAGACUCACACAUUGUGGAAUGGAAUGAAACUGAAGGUUACAUAGAAAGGAACUACACCGGAGUUAGCAAAUCUUCUUUGGGUAUUGUACCAUUCGACAUCAGCAACAAUAAGUAUUUGGCAGCUGGAGAUGCCCAUGUAAUCAAAGUUUGGAAUGUAAAUGACGCUCAAAUGUUGACAGUUGUCGAUGCUGGUGGAGACCUACCUGCAAGUCCAUAUAUUCGAUUCAACAAGAAAGGCACUCUAUUGGCUGUCUUUGCGGAUCAUAACAGGAUCAAAAUCUUGGCAAAUGAUUGUGGCCGCUUUUUGCUUCAGACUUCGUCGGAUGCCUCUAGAUAUCUAUCAGAUUCUAUAAGAAAGCUUGCAAGCUAUUCCCUUGUUGGUCCUUCUAAUAAUAGUUCAACUGAUUGCACUGUUCCUCCGGAAAAAGUAGCAGAUAACCUGGCAAAUAUGGAGCCUCACAAGAUAUUAGGGACUCAAAGCAUCUCUAAGGUCGUCCAAGUUUCACGAUGUCAAUUUUUGAGGCUUCCCUCAGAAGUGAAGACGAACAGGGUAUGGAGGUUGAUGUAUACUCAUGCAGGAAAUGCGCUUUUGGCCUUAGUUGCAGAUGGUAUUCAUCUGCUCUGGAGAUGGUCGAAAAGUGGUUCUAAUUUGAGUGGCCAGACGACAACAAAAUGCAAACCUCAACUAUGGCAACCACGGAACGGUGUGGUUAUGACCAACAGUCUUCCUAGCAGUGACAAAGAAGCAGUUUCACCUUGUGUAGCUUUAUCCAAAAAUGAUUCUUAUGCAAUUUCAGCCUCGGGAGCAAUGGUUUCUGUGUUCAAUUUGCUCAUGUUUAAGAAAAUGAAAAGUUUCCUGCCUCCUGUACCUGCAGCAACAUGUAUUGCUUUCCACCCGUCUGAUAACAAUGUGAUUGCUGUAGGGAUGGAUGAUUCUUCAAUUGUUGUCUACAAUGUUCGUUUGGAUGAGGUCAUAAUCAGGCUUGAGGGACAUUCAAAAAGGAUUAGUGGACUUGCCUUCUCUAGCCUACAGCCUGUGCUUGUUUCUUCAGGAGCAGACUCUCAGAUAGUGGUGUGGGAUUCUAUAAACUGGAAGAGAGAGCGAAGUACACUGUUGCAGAUCUCUGCUGACUGGAUUCCGACAGAACUAUCAGAGACCUUCGUCCAAUUUCACCAAGAUCAGGAACAUUUCCUUGUUGUUCAUGAGACUCAAAUUGCAAUCUAUGAAACAACGAAACUAGAAUGUGUGAAGCAGUGGAUCAUCAAAAACUUCUGUGCGCGAAUUUCACACGCGACAUUCUCCUGUGACUGUCAGUGGAUAUAUGCCAUUAUGAAAGACGGGAUCGUUUUGAUACUUUCUGCUUCAGAUCUCUCUCCCAAAUUUGAGAUAGAUCCUUCUACUUUCCUCCCUUCUGAUUUCAGUGCUUAUGUGAUCCCUCUGGUGGUUGCUGCUCAUCCUCAAAAUCCGAACCAGUUCGCUUUGGGUUUAACCGAUGGCGGAGUAGUCAUUAUUGAACCUCCAGAAUCUGAAGGUAGAUGGCUCGUGCCCACAUAAAGGCGAUGACAAUAUAUAAUGACUAUACUAAGUAAUAUAGCAGUUCCAGAUUCAUUUUAAAGACAUUUUAAAGGAUGUGGGUAAAUAUAGGGAAACAUUCAUUUCAUUUGAAGAACUACUCUGAUCACUUGGAGCUUGUUCUCCCUGUUGGCGAAAUAUCUAGUUGUUCUUUCAUAUUGACAAUAAGUGGAAUUUUCUUUAUUUUA